AUGUAAUAAAAAAGGUAUGAUUCUGUACGCAAGAAUAUAUAAUAAGUACAUUAAUCAUAGCAACUUCAAUUAUAGUAUUCUUCAUAGCCUAAAUAAGUACCAAGUAAAUUUCAAAUUGCGUAGAUUGGAAAGGAUGUUGCAUCUACAAUUAUACCUGCAUUUAUUGAUAUGAUCAACUAAGAAACUGAUGUUUAUUAUUUAUUUGACUCAUUCCACUCUAUUUUGAAUUCUGUCAAAUAAGCAGAAGAGGAUUCUAAUGUAACUUAAAAGAACAAGCAACAUACUUUAGAUUGGUGGAAAGUUACAGGUUCAAGUUAAAGUUGGACAGGUGUAAGAAAUAUUUAACCUCUUUCAGAAUCUCAUAUGAAGCAAUCAUCCCGUUUUCUUGAUAGUUAUAACAGUAGAGGUUCUGCUAUAAUAGAAAAUCUUAAACGUUAAAUAGGAGAGUUGACAGAGGAAUAAAAGUUUAAAUAAAACUCUCGUACAAUUGGUUAAGUAGCUAUCAAAUUAUUUGAUGAAUAAGAUAUUUAUGUUGAAAUGUCUAAGUAAGGGAGAACUUUUAUUUCUAUAUAUCAAGUGUAAAAUAAGUUUCAUAAGUGUCAUAUGGGUUUUUGCUUAUAUACUGUUUUUGGAGAAUUAUAAGAUAAAGAAAGUAUUAUUAAUAAAAUGUAUGUGGCUAAAUGGCAUAGAAAAAAUGGUAACUUUUUAAAUCUUGUCACAGAAUUUAUAUAGUAUAUAAUAAAAAAUGAAGCAGUCAAUAAAAUCAAAAUCAAAAUAAACUCAACAUAAGGAUAAUUGAUUAGACAUUUACAAUAAUUAAGCUUUAAACUAGCAUCUACUGUACCAUUAAUCAAUUAAAUAAAAGUACUAACAUUUGUUUUAAUCUCAAAAGAAUUUAAAAUAUGA